UUACUUUACGAAUUUCCCAUAUUUGAUUUCAGCUACCUUAUUUUCUAAUUAUAAUGGGCAACUAGAUGCACACAAUUCGGCACAUCUCAAAAGAGUAACCCGUAACAAAUAUUAUUUUCAGAACAGAAAUCGGAGACGGUCUCGACAAACCUCUCUGAUUUUUAAAACCUCGCCACCCUCUCCAAAAAUAAAUUUACCAUCUGUUAUUCUUCCCCCUAAAAGCAAUCUUCAACAUAAUAUUGGAUCACCUAAAAAAGAUUCAAUGAUAUCGCCCCUUUCUUCUGACCAACUUAAGGCUUCGGAUGAUGAGAAGGAUUACAGUUACAAUAAACCUAGCUUGGGAGAUAAUAUGCAUGUGAUGGCCAAUGCUUACCUCAAUUUUACGUGGCCUAACAAGAAAGUCAGUCAAGCUGAUGGAGACAUUAUGUUGGGUGGUCUGAUGAUGAUUCACGAGAGGGAAGAACAAUUAGUCUGUGGUUUAGUGAUGCCACAGGGAGGGGUUCAGGCCUUAGAAGUUAUGCUGUACACAUUGGAUUAUGUAAAUGAAAAGUCUAAUUUGUUACCUGGCUUUAAACUAGGAUACUACAUUCUUGACGAUUGCGAUAAGGACACGUACGGGCUAGAACAAUCGGUGGAUUUUAUUAAAGGUUCCAUAAGUAGCAUAGACGACAAGGAAUACAAAUGUGCCGAUGGCUCAGUGCCAGAAGGAAGUCAAAUGAAGAUGAUAUCGGGAGUUGUAGGAGCCCCUUCCAGUGUUACUUCGAUUCAAGUGGCUAAUCUUCUUAGGCUAUUUAAAAUACCCCAGAUUAGCUUUUUCUCGACUAGCCCUGAAUUAAGUAACAAGGAGAGAUUUGAAUAUUUUUCCAGGACAGUUCCUUCCGACGAAUAUCAAGCAUUGGCUAUGAUAGAAUUAAUCAAAUUAUUCAAUUGGUCAUACAUAUCUGUCAUAUAUGAGGAAUCCAAUUAUGGAGAAAGAGCCUUUACAGUGAUUGAAGAGCAAUUGGAUAGGAACCACAUAUGCAUAGCUGUAAAAGAAAAAUUGACAAAAGAUUCAGGCGUAGCCAAAGAGAAUCAAUAUGACGUUAUAGUGCGAAAAUUACUGCAAAAGAGCAAUGCUAAAGGUGUCAUUAUAUACGGGUCGGAUCAAGAGGUAGGCAUGCUUAUGGCCGCAGUGAGAAGACAGAGGGCCACGGGAAAGUUUAUGUGGAUAGGUUCUGAUGGGUGGUCCGCAAGGGAUAUAGUGACCGCAGGCAGGGAAGCGGAAGUGGAAGGAACUGUUUCUGUACAACCGUUGGCUAACCCCAUAGCUGCAUUUCAAGAUCAUUUUUUGAAUUUGACUGUGGCAGAACACGGUAGGAGAGAUCCCUGGUUGUAUGAAGUAUGGGAGAAAUAUUUUGAGUGUCGGUUUCCCAAUACAGAUAAAACCUACGAGAAUCAGAUUGUAAACCCUCAGUGGAAUAGAAAAUUGUGCACAGGUAAGGAGUCCAUGAGAUCGCUUCUACCUCCCUAUGGAAACAUCAAGAUGGAAGAUCAAUUACAAUUCGUAAGUGAUGCUGUUUUGGCAUUCGCAUAUGCUUUCAGUGAUAUGCAUAAGGAUCUGUGCGGCGGUGUACCAGGUUUGUGCGAAAAAAUGGACCCACCCUCUGGGCCCUUAACUCUAAAUUACAUCAGAAAAGUCAAAUUUACAGGUCUAUCUGGUGACAAUUUCGAGUUUUUACCUAACGGAGAUGGACCACCUCGUUACAACAUCCUUCAUUUUAAACAAGUAGCUCCAGGUAUUUAUAAAUGGGUCAAGGUCGGAAAAUACGUCGACAAGGUAUUGAAGGUAAACUUGUCAGAAAUUAGAUAUCAUUGGGACAGUCCUUCUCCACCCGAAUCGGUAUGCAGUAAACCUUGUAAUAGAGGGGAAGCGAAAAGAGUUCAGGGUGACAACAAAUGUUGUUGGCUGUGCGUAGCUUGUUCACCUUAUCAAAUUUUGGUCCCGACAGUAACGCUCGCUACGGCCCAUACAUCAAAUCCUUUUAUUACCCCCUCUGCAGGUCAGAAUGGAAUUGAAGAACUUCAUACCUCUAGUAUCAAUGUAACUUCUUUGAUCAUCAAUGCCACAUCCAUUAAUGCUAACAACACUUACAAUAAUGGAACAUCUCAAAUUCCUCCUUAUGUGAUUGAAUCAACUCAUUGUGUAGACUGUGAGUUAGGAUUCUUGCCAGAACCUCUGUAUUUAAACCGGUGUUUACCUAUCCCGGAUGUUUACAUGUCUUACUCGAAUCCCUUGGCUAUGGGAGCACUUUGCUUUUCAUGUAUGGGCAUGAUAUGUGCUCUUUUUGUGUUGGGAAUUUUCAUAAGAUUUUGUCAAACUCCCGUGGUAAAGGCCUCUGGGCGGGAACUCAGUUUCGCCCUAUUAAUAGGCAUAAUAUGUUGUUACGGAGUUACAAUCCUACUGGUAGCAAAACCUGCUUCUUCUGCGCUUUGUGGGGUUACAUUUGUUUGCGUUGGUAUAUUUUUUUCUUUGUGCUAUGCCGCAAUUCUAACCAAAACAAACCGAAUAGCCCGCAUAUUUAACAGUGGAAAGCGCACAAGUAAAAGGCCAACUCUCAUCUCUCCAAAAUCACAAAUAUGCAUAUGCAGUUUACUAGUAGCAGUGCAAUUAGCUAUAAUGGUGGUAAAGCUGGUUAUGACUCCACCGCGGGCUAUUCAUAAUUAUCCCACACGUACGAUAAGUCAGCUCGUCUGUUCCACAAGCCUAGAUUCUUCUUAUUUGAUAUGCUUGGCUUACCCGUUAUUACUCAUUCUUGUAUGCACGGUGUACGCCGUUUUAACCCGCAAAAUUCCAGAGGCCUUUAACGAGAGCAAGUACAUAGGCUUCACAAUGUACACAACUUGCAUUAUAUGGCUGGCUUUCGUACCCAUCUAUAUCAUAACGGCCAAUAAUAUACCACUUCGAAUAACAACCAUAUGUGUAUCAGUAAGUCUUAGCGCUACCACAGCUUUGUGUUGCCUUUUUACCCACAAGCUUUAUAUUAUAAUUCUCCACCCCGAACGCAACGUUCGUCAAACCAUGAUGACAGGAGCAACUAAAUAUGGCGGGACUAAAUCAGCUAAUAAUACUACAGGCGGUAUGGGAACCGGAGGUGGAACCAGUUCUCAACUUCUAUCAUCUACGACAAAUCAAACACAGCCACCUAUUCCACUCCACGUGGCUAACCAACACAAUCUUAUAUCUAUGAGCGCUUUAAGUGCUGCAACUGCUACUACUCCAAUAAGUACGUAUAGUAGAAUUGAUUCGGGAACCCAAUCCGAUGAUUUGGAGUUGACGAACAAGCUAAGAGGUGCUGAUUCAAUGACCAGUUGUUACAGCAGUAGCAACAAGUCUUCAACAGGAACUCAAACAAUAUUUGAGGAUAAUUCUGAUGAGGAAGAAAAUGCUUCGGAACAAGAAAAUGGAGAAGAUGUUGAGGGAGAGAAAGAAGGAGAAAUCGAAAGAAUAUCGGGGAGUGAAAACGAAGAAACGGGUCCUCUAAAUGGAAUUGACGUGGAUUUGUUUUCUACUGCCGAAGAUUUGAGACGCCGGAAAAGCAGUACUAAAAACGGAAUACCAUACCUAAAGAGUGGUAUGGCACCCUCUAGCGAUAAGAAAGAUCGUAAAAGAAGCAGCACCUCAGUUUACAAAUAUGGAGAAUUGUUGCAAGGAGAUGUGCAGUUAUAAAAAAAUGUUAAUUUAUAUAAAAUUAUUAUAAUUAAUGAUUUAUAUAAUUCCGGAGUUGGAAUAUAAAUUAAAUUUAAUAAUUUACACCAAACUAAGGUUUUGAUAAACUCUCAGCCAAAAAAAAUUAUAGCCAAACAUAAAGAAUAUGCAAUAUAUAGUUGUGAAUAUUUUUUUAAUAUCCAUGUCUUCCUAUGCAUGUUUUUUUUAAAUGUUUAUAAAUGAUGUUUAAUAUGUAAAUUCUAAUAUGCAUUGUACAUAGUU